UGUCCCCCUCAUUGGCAACCAAGAUGGCGGGGGCUGUUUUUGUGCUGUGAAUCAGGCCGUCGAGCGCCGCCGUGCGGUUGUGUCGCUCAGGCUUCCCAUACUACGUUAGGACUGGCAUGUGGCCCAUGUGAAUUCCGCCUAAAACCAAGUCUUCCGACGCUGUAGAUGAGGCGUGCGGCUGCCGCGCACUGACACACGGAAGGCAGCGGCCCUGAUAGCGCAGCACGCGGCGGCCGGGACGGGCUGCCCUCGCUGUUUGAAGAAAAAAUGAAGAACAAGAGUGUGUGCUCCCCAACUUCAAGAAAUGAGCAAUGUGAAGAAAAGGAUGGGGAAGGAAAAAAAGACGGUAAUGCUGCCAGUGCCGACACAUUGAGUACACUGGAAAGGUGCCCAAUAUGUCUUAAUAUUCUCACCCUAGAAGUUGGAUUUCCGGAAGAGUGUCGCCAUGCAUUUUGUAUUCCUUGCAUUCUUAAGUGGUCUGAAACUUCCACUUCUUGUCCUGUUGACCGUAAACCAUUUCAAGCUAUAUAUAAAACGGACCCACUCGGCUCAUGGACUAAGAUCACUGUAAAGGAAAGAACUCCAAGGGAAAUCCUGACCUGCAUUUGUGAUCAGACGUUAACACACUGUACACAAGGGAAGCUUUGUUUCAGAAUCUGUGUGAAAGAGGAAGCGACUAAGAUUGCAAGUCUGCACAAGGAAAACAAAUGUCUGGACCAUAAAGAAAAGCCUGAAUCUGAGGUCGUGAGCCUAAGCUGGCCCAGCUGUUUUACUGGAGAUAACAUUGCCGUAUGUCCUUUCACCCUCUCCGAGGAAACAGCUUGUUUUACGAACAGAACUGAACAAGAGGAAAAUGAAAUCUGUUUGAUACGACGUAAGAGGGAAGCACUGAAGCACCUGAGGAUGCCACUUGGUGCUGAAGGAAUUCAGUGCAAUUCCACUUUACCUGCUGAAACACUCAUCCAUCCACCAUCAUCUUUGGAGGAAUAUGUCUUUCCAUUAAGGCCUAUUUCUUUUAGAAGAAAAGAUUUUUCACACAGAAUGUGUGCCCCCACUGGUACACAAGAUGGCACUGAGAAAAAGCAAGCUGCAUCUGGCACAUCAACCAGCAGAGGAACCAGAAAAAAAUCUGUACAAUCCAGCACUAGACGGAGAUCCACACGAAAUAGCAAAUCUGGCACAAGCAAUCUCCAGAGCUCUCCAAAAUCCAAUAGCUCUGAUAAUGAUACACCUGGUUAUGAUAAUGCUGCUACCGCCACUACAAAUACUUCCUCAUCCGAACACCCAGGAAAGCAAACUUCGAAACAACGGAAACAAGCUCCUAAAAAGGGAUCUCAAACUAGAAAAAGACUCCGCUCAGCAACACGAUCUCAAGAGGAUUCUAAAGAAGGUAAAGAAGAUUCCGAAAGUGAGCAAGAGAAGAAAUGUAAAAUGUCAGAAGAUGACUUGUCAGAAACUGAACAGCGUAAAAUGAAUCAGUCUCCCAACCAUAGCAAUGAAAAAGAAAACAGUCAUGCAGAUAUGUCCUCUCCUCUUGAACACUCUGAAGAGAAACAUUUGCUUGAUUCCUCACCUGCAAACAACGUGCAGUCUGUCGAUGAGGAUAGUUUGGCUAGUCCUGAUUUGCAUAUAAAGAAUCAGUUUGAUACUGAACACUCAUCCCCUUCGCCAAGCUUUAAAAACUGUCAGACUGAUUUGGAGGACAGUCAAACAGAUUUAUUAAGAUCUGUAAAUGAGCCAAGUUAUGUGGAAUCAGCUGAAAGUCAGCUGGAAAUAAAAGGAAAACUUUCUUGUGAAUCUGAGAAUCUAAAUGCUUCACAUGGUGAAAGUUCCUUUUCUUCUCCUGGGUCAGCAGAGCACAUCAUUUCUGAUCAUACAGAUUUGCCACCUUUGUCAUGUAAUAAAGUAGAGCAGGUCAAUGUCGAGGAAUCUGCAUGUUCGCCGCCUUGCACAGAAUUUAAAUCUAGAGAACAUUUGCAGGACUUGCCAUCGCCUGAAGAGAUUACUUUUAAUGCAGAAAACCAUUUGCCCACUAGUCUAAAGGCAAAUGAAAGCCAUUUUGAAAACGAGUCAAGCUCCACACUGUCUACACAUCCACUUGAGUCAGCAAAACAGUAUGAUGUGGACAAUACCCCAACCUUUCCUGAUGUAUCAAAAGAACAAAGUAUCCAGAAACCCCCAAACAUCCAACAACUUGAGCCUGAUGAUUCUUUAAAAACAAUGCACAAACAAAACGAGCAAGAAAAACUUUCGGAGGGGAACUUGCAGUCAACAGAACAGGAAGAGGGCAUUGGUGAGCAAGAUGUUAAAACAAGUGUGACUUGUGAGGUAGAUGAUAAAGACAAACUUUCAAAGGUGAACUUGCAGUCAACAGAACAGGAAGAGCGCAUUGGCGAGCAAGAUGUUAAAACAAGUGUGACUUCUGAGGUAGAUGAUAAAGACAAACUUUCAAAGGUGAACUUGCAGUCAACAGAACAGGAAGAGCGCAUUGGCGAGCAAGAUGUUAAAACAAGUGUGACUUCUGAGGUAGAUGAUAAAGACAAACUUUCAAAGGUGAACUUGCAGGCAACAGAACAGGAAGGGCGCAUUGGAGAGCAAGAUGUUAAAACAAGUGUGACUUCUGAGGUAGAUGAUAAAGACAAACUUUCGAAGGUGAACUUGCAGUCAACAGAACAGGAAGAGCACAUUGGAGAGCAAGAUGUUAAAACAAGUGUGACUUCUGAGGUAGAUGAUCAAGACACUGCUGGUUGUUCUGUUAAUAGAGUAGAGCUUACAGAACAACCUUUGACAUUAUCAAAAAAUUCCCCUGCUGAGUUAUCUGAUAUUGGAGAAAUUCAAGUCAAUAGCUUGGGAAAUGAUGAAUUAAAAAAACCUGUUUUGACUGAUGGUAAAAUACAUGAUACCGGAAAAAAAACCGAUUUAAAAAAUGACCUUCAGAAGGCUUUCUGUGAAGAUAACAUUGAACCAGUAGCAAUGGAGUGUGAUUCAGCAUGUAGUGAACUUAAUGAUUCAGAAGUUGAGCAAUUGGUGAGCAUUACUGAACCUACGAAAAAUAUAUCAGAUACCUUGGUUACAAGCAAGGUACCUCAAUCUCCUCCAAAGCAGUCAUUACCUCCUUGUGAUACACCUAAAAAAGAAUCGCGAGCAAGGAGAUCUAGAUUUCAUUCCCCAUCAACAACCUGGUCACCUAGCAAAAAUGAUGUUAAAGAAAGACCAAGAUCCCGUUCACCCUCUAAAGUUAGAGACUCUCCCACUAAACGUAAAUCUAGAUCACCCAGUAGAGAGAAAGAUGGGGAGCGUGGUCAUGGUAGUCAAAGAAAAGGGAGAAGCAGAGACCGACACCAUAGGAGGCAUUCGAGAUCUAGGAGCAGACAUUCAAGAUCUAAAAGUAGACAUUCAAGAUCUAAAAGCAGAUCAAGGUCUGGAUCACGUACCAGACACAGAAAUAGAAGUGUUACAGUUGAUAAAAGUGAAAAAGAUUGUACUUCUCCACCAUGGAAAGAAAGACGUUCAAAUGAAAAUUGGAGAAGUCCUCGGGGAAGUGAAAAAUAUAGAAGAAAUGAACAUGACAAACAUGAAAAUUUCAGAAAUGAAAAAUAUGAUGCUAGAGAUUCAGCUGAGGCAUAUCCAGACAAUAGAAAUGAUUAUCCUGAUUGGGUGGUAGAAAAGAUGAAAUCUGCAGAGAGCAGAGAAAGAGGUGAUACUUGGAUGAGGGGAGAUGGCCGAGGGAGGGGAGACCGGGGAUGGGGUGAUGCCAGAGGAAGAGGAGACCGGGGUAGAGGAAGAGGUGAUUUCAGGGGAAGGGGAGAGGGUCGAGGCAGGGGGGACAGAGGCAGAGGAGGGAAUCGAGGGAGAGGUUCCCAUUGGGAGGAUAGCCACUAUGGGUCUGGGGAUUCAUGGAACAGAAAUGUAAACAUGGAUUGGAACUCGCCUAGAAGUCGUGGUGGACGUGGACGAGGAGGUUUUAGAGGUGGCUUUAAUUAUGGAGACCAAAAUGAGAAUAAUUGGAGCAGUAGACAGCCCUACUCAGGAAAUUCUAAUACUUCAGGGCAAGAGUCUUCAAGGUUUCCAGAAAGUAAAAAUAAACCUAAAUAUGAGGAUUCGUUUGACUCGCCUGCUGAUCGAUCUGGGUGGUCUUCUGCAUCAAGUUGGGCUGUGAGAAAAACCCUUCCUGCUGAUGUGCAAAAUUACUACUCAAAAAGGGGGAGAAACUCUACAGGCACUCAAGGAGGUGUAUGGCCUAAACAAGAGGAGCCUCAAGAGCAAGAUCAAGCAAGUAAAGAUCAAGCAAGCCAGCAAAAUGAAAGUACGCCGGUCCCUGUAAAUGUGGUGCAAACUCAAAUGAAUAUUGUACCACAGCCAAUUGCUGCACCUCCUCAACCAAUGAAUAUGUUUCCCUAUCCGAUGAGUGUCCAUCCUCCUCCUCCUCCCCCCAUGGUGAACAUCCAACACAAUCCAUUUACUCUCCCCCCGCCACUUCCAAUUCAUCUCCACCCAGCACUACCUCUGGUUCAGGUGUCUGCACCAUCUAGUGUACCUCAGGGAUUACCUCCACCACCACCACCACCUCCUCCAUCCCAGCAGAUCAGUUACAUUGCUCCACAGCAAGACGGAAAACCACUGCAGGGUAAUCCUGGUGCUACUUACGCAAAUAAUAAUGUAAAUGCGCCACUCUUGCCUGCUCCAGCAGCAGUCCAUGGAACAGUUGGGGUUGUACAGGCACCACAUUCUGGCAGUAUGGCAACAUCCACUUACAGCAGAAAUUCCCAUACUUUUGUUAAAUCUGCACCUCGAAAGGAAAGUGUAACAGUGGAAGCCAGUGCAGAUAGCUCCAAAAAGGAAAAGAAAAUUCAAAUUCAAGAGAGAGCAGCGCAUGAAGUUAAGGUUGCUAUAAGACCAUACUAUCAAAAUAAAGAUAUCACGAAGGAUGAAUAUAAAGAGAUAGUUAAGAAGGCUGUGGACAAGGUUUGUCAUAGUAAAAGUGGAGAAGUAGAUUCGGCAAAAGUGGCAAAUCUGAUAAAGGCAUAUGUGGAUAAAUAUAAACACUCCCGCAAAAAGGGACCCGAUGACAAACUGUGAAGUGCAGGCCCUCACUGGAAUGACAACAGUAGACUAAGGACUGUGACAGUAAUUGUCCAAGUGCAAUUUCAGUGUCCACAGAAAUGGUUACAACUGUGAUUGGAACUGGGUUUUGAUAAAUAAUUUUUCAACAUGGAAACCUUUUGAUUUAGAGCCCUUUACCCCCUUUCCCCAAAGACUUAAUGGAUUUCAGUUUUUAUUAGGGUGAACAUAUGAAUAAUAAUGUACAGCGUUUUGACCUUCUCAAUGAUGUGUGUAAUAUUAGAGGUGUUAAUCUCAAUACUUGGCUAUCAGCUGGAUAUUGUGUGUACAGUACAUGUAAUCUGUUGGUUAAGAAGUCUGAUCAUAAGAAUCUUUGAUUGUGUUUUCAUCUAAUAAUAGUGCGAUGCUUUUCUUGGCUCCUUUCUAGACUAACUGGACACCCUGGUCUUUAAGUGUACCCAAUGUAUGCAGGUGUCUGUACCUUCAUAUCGAAUCUGUUUAGAAAUAAACUUUCAGAGUAACAAAAUGCCUACUACAAAAUACUAUGUCCGACAAAUAUAUAUAUUUUUAAGAUGGACAUGAUCUAUGGAAACACCAAAUAAAUAAAUAUGCUGCUUGUU